UGGCAAUACAAUUUGUGGUAUAAAUACUCUGGGAUACGCUUUAACUGAGUAACAAUUCAAACGACUACCCCCUUACACUCAACAGAGUCAUUCUGAUAAAACACAAAAUGUUCAAGAUACUUGUCAUUGCGAGUUUACUCGCAUUAUCAAGUGGAUAUUUGAAUCAUGGACCAACAAUAAUAAAUCCACCAAAUUAUGGAUUAUAUCCAGGAGGAUAUCAAGUUCGUGAACAUGGAUUAGGAAUAAAUGAUGGCAAUUAUUUGUCAUCACAUAAUCCUGGAUUAAUUCCAAUACAUGGAAGACCUCUAAUACCAGCAAUUCAACCAUUGGGUCAUACUGGUUAUGCCUAUGCACCUGCUGCAAAAAAUCAUUUAUCAUCAUCAGCAGUUGCCGUUGUUCCACGAAUUCAACAUCAGGCGUAUACUGGUCAAAUUGGACAUUUAGGUCAUUUAGGACAAGUGGGACAUUUGGGUCAAAUUGGUCAAAUUGGUCAUUUUGGUCAAGUUGGUCAUUUAGGUCAAAUUGGUCAUUUGGGUCAUGUUGGUCAUUUAGGUCAUAGUGGUCAUUUAGGUCAAAUUGGUCAUUUAGGUUAUCAACAACAUGGUGGUCAGGGAAAUUUUGUUGUUCCACCUAGUGUCACUUUUUCACAAAAUGCUCCACAAAAAAUUGCGCCUAUUUCACCUGUUUCUAAUUCCAUUCGAAUUCCUUAUUCAUUUCCUGUAAUUAAUGCCCCCCAACCACUUUCCCAAGGUGUUGACCAUUCAAUUUCGGCUCACGCUCACGGAUGGUAAUUUUAAUGUGAAGAAUCUUGAAAAAAAAAAAAAAUUUCUUAAUCACACUCUUCAUUAUAAAUUAUUUUUUUUUUUUAUUAUUCAUUUUUUCCUCGUCAUUUUCAAUUUAAUUUACCCCCCCCCCCUCUUCGAAUUCGGCCAGUAGAAUAUUCUGGAUUAUUGGAAUUAUAUUAUUAAAUAUUAUUAAUAAAUUAUUUUUUUAUAAUUAAUUAUAUUAUAUAAUUAAUUGUAUUUUAUAAUUAAUUAUAUUAUAUAAUUAUUGGAACAGAAAUAUUAAAAAACAAAAUUUACUUUUUAUAUUUUUCUUUUCUAAAUUCGAAUUUUAAAUACAAAUUUGAAGAAUUAAAGAAAAACUAACAUUACUUCUCAUAUAAUUUUUAAAAAAAAUUUUAAUUAUCGAAAAUCAUUGUAGGUGUAAUUCUAUCUUAUCUUCAAUCAAGAAUUUUUUUUUUCUAAUCAAAAUUUCUUCAUGUCACGAUUUUUAAUAUAUAUCAGUAAAAUGUUAAUUAUAUUUUACUUUUUAUAUAUAUUGAUUAUGUAUAAUUAUAUAUCAUUUUUUAUAUAUAAUAUAAUAUUAUAGUAUCCUUGAGAAAAUAAAUUAUACUGCAUUUUUGAAUUUUUUCAUCAAUUUAAAAUUUAAGUCAUUUUUUUAUAAUCAUUUUUUUUAAAUCCUUUUUUAAAAUUAUUUUUUAAAACCAUUUUUUUUAAAAUCAUAAUUUUUGUAAUAUUUAUGUUUUUAUUUUUGAAGAAAAAAAAUUUUUUGCAGCAAAAAUAUAUAAAAAAUAAAAUAAAGAGAAAAAUGUGCAUAAACCUGAAAAAGUGUACUUUCAUUGCUGAGAGAUGGAGUCAAUUAUGACUUAAAUCAUUCUUGCGUCAUUGGAGAUCUCGUAAACGUCGGCAUUGUAUCACUAUAGGGCUAUAAGCCUCAGGCUCUCCUUCCGAUAUAGCAGGCGUGGUCCAGCCAAGUGUUCCAAUUUCAAAGAUGAAAGUGACGAUUAAAAACGAAAAAAAAAAAAAUUAAUUAAUCCUAUGUAUUGUUCUAUGUGACACAUGUCAUUCAUUCAGGCGAAAAUACUCUAUAAAGUUCUUUUAAACUUU